GGAAAUAUUAAUUCUCAAAUGCUAGCCCAGAGGCAGAGAGAGAUACUAAGCCAACAUCUGAGACAUAGACAGAUGCACCAAGUUCAACAACGAACCCUGAUGAUGCGUGGCCAGAGUAUGAAUAUGACGCCAAGUAUGGUGGCCUCUGGGGGAAUACCAGCAACCAUGAGCAACCCACGGAUUCCCCAGACAAACACCCAGCAGUUUCCAUUUCCUCCAAAUUAUGGAAUAAAUCAGCAGCCUGAUCCAGGCUUCACCGGAGCUACAACUCCACAGAGUCCCCUGAUGUCCCCAAGAAUGGCUCAUACUCAGAAUCCUUUGAUACAGCAAUCUCAGGCCAAUCCUGCCUAUCAAUCCUCUACAGAGAUAAAUGGAUGGGGACAAGGAAAUAUUGGUGGAAAUAGCAUGUUUUCACAACAAUCUCCACCACACUUUGGGCAGCAAGCAAAUACCAGCAUAUACAAUAACAACAUGAAUAUCAAUGUGUCCAUGGUGGCCAACAGUGGCGGGUUGAGCAACAUGAACCAGAUGACAGGGCAGAUCAGCAUGACCUCUGCAGCCUCUGUGCCUACAUCAGGGUUGCCCUCCAUGGGUCCCGAGCAGGUCAAUGAUCCUGCUAUGAGAGGAGGCAGUCUUUUUCCAAACCAGCUACCUGGAAUGGACAUGAUAAAGCAGGAGGGAGAUGCAUCACGGAAAUAUUGCUGACCCUGAAGAUUGGCUGUAUCUUCAAUUGAUUGGGCUCCCCAUUUUCUGAA